AUGGCGGCGCAUCAUCGGCAGAACACGGCGGGGCGGCGGAAAGUGCAGGUCUCCUAUGUGAUUAGAGAUGAAGUGGAGAAGUAUAACCGAAAUGGGGUGAAUGCACUUCAGCUGGAUCCAGCAUUAAAUAGACUCUUCACAGCAGGGCGAGACUCUAUUAUAAGGAUAUGGAGUGUCAAUCAGCACAAGCAAGACCCCUACAUAGCAUCUAUGGAACAUCACACAGAUUGGGUAAAUGAUAUUGUGCUCUGCUGCAAUGGUAAAACAUUGAUAUCUGCUUCUUCAGAUACAACUGUGAAAGUGUGGAAUGCACAUAAGGGAUUUUGCAUGUCAACACUAAGGACACAUAAGGAUUAUGUGAAAGCCUUGGCGUACGCAAAAGAUAAGGAACUGGUAGCAUCUGCCGGGCUGGACAGACAGAUAUUCCUCUGGGAUGUAAAUACUUUAACAGCACUGACUGCCUCAAAUAACACCGUAACAACUUCUUCCCUGAGUGGGAACAAAGACUCUAUCUACAGCCUUGCAAUGAAUCAAAUGGGAACAGUUAUUGUAUCAGGGUCCACUGAAAAGGUUCUAAGGGUGUGGGAUCCAAGAACUUGUGCAAAACUAAUGAAACUCAAAGGGCACACGGACAAUGUAAAAGCUUUGUUGUUGAACAGAGAUGGCACCCAGUGUCUUUCAGGCAGCUCUGAUGGGACCAUCCGCCUGUGGUCCCUUGGGCAGCAGAGAUGCAUAGCCACAUAUCGUGUCCACGAUGAAGGUGUUUGGGCUCUGCAGGUCAAUGAAGCCUUCACUCACGUUUAUUCAGGGGGAAGAGACAGGAAGAUUUAUUGUACAGAUUUACGAAAUCCUGAUAUCCGUGUGCUUAUCUGUGAAGAAAAGGCACCAGUCCUUAAGAUGGAACUUGAUAGAUCAGCUGAUCCUCCUCCAGCAAUUUGGGUCGCAACAACUAAAUCCUCUGUGAAUAAAUGGACUUUGAAGGGAAUUCAUAACUUUAGAGCAUCUGGAGAUUAUGAUAAUGAUUGUACCAAUCCUAUACCACCCCUGUGUACACAGCCUGACCAAGUUAUAAAAGGGGGUGCUAGUAUUAUUCAGUGCCACAUUCUUAAUGACAAGAGACACAUAUUAACCAAAGACACAAAUAAUAACGUGGCAUACUGGGAUGUCUUGAAGGCAUGUAAAGUUGAAGACCUUGGGAAAGUAGAUUUUGAAGAAGAAAUUAAGAAGAGAUUUAAAAUGGUGUAUGUACCAAACUGGUUCUCAGUGGAUUUGAAAACUGGGAUGUUGACAAUUACUUUGGAUGAAAGUGACUGCUUUGCAGCCUGGGUGUCAGCAAAGGAUGCUGGAUUUAGCAGCCCAGAUGGUUCUGAUCCAAAAUUAAACCUUGGAGGGCUUCUGCUACAAGCACUUCUGGAGUAUUGGCCUAGAACACAUAUCAACCCAAUGGAUGAAGAAGAAAAUGAAAUAAAUCAUGUGAAUGGUGAGCAGGAGAACAGAGUCCAGAAGGGAAAUGGAUACUUCCAAGUGCCACCACAUACACCAGUCAUUUUUGGGGAGGCUGGAGGACGCACUUUGUUCAGGUUAUUAUGUCGGGAUUCAGGUGGUGAAACUGAGUCUAUGCUUCUUAAUGAAACUGUGCCACAAUGGGUCAUUGACAUCACUGUGGAUAAAAAUAUGCCCAAAUUCAAUAAGAUUCCCUUCUACCUCCAACCUCAUUCAUCAUCAGGGGCAAAAACUCUAAAAAAAGAUCGAUUGUCAGCAAGUGACAUGCUGCAGGUGAGAAAAGUGAUGGAACACGUGUAUGAGAAGAUCAUUAACUUGGAUAAUGAGUCUCAGACAACUAGCUCUUCCAAUAAUGAAAAAGCAGGAGAACAAGAAAAAGAGGAGGACAUUGCUGUGCUAGCAGAGGAGAAGAUUGAACUUCUGUGCCAGGACCAGGUUUUGGAUCCAAAUAUGGACCUUCGAACUGUAAAGCACUUCAUUUGGAAGAGUGGUGGUGAUCUGACACUUCAUUAUCGCCAGAAAUCAACGUGAAGGCAGUGAGGAACCCAAAUGGUUACUUAUUUACUUGACCAUACUGUACUGGUUCCAAGAGUAGUACUAUAGAAGCCCACUGAACCCCUAAGGUAGAUGAGACUUCUAAUGACUCAGUAUGGAUGGAAAGUAUACAUUUAAUUGAAGUG